AUGCACGCACGUACACUCUUGACUUGGCACAACUCCUCUCUACUUCCUAUUUGGAAAAUGGGAAUUUGUAGUGAAAAACACGCUUCAGCCAACGUUCCGGUAGUGGGCAGUCACAACCGGCAAGUCAGUCUCCACGUGGGUGACCAUCUCCUUCUUGAAUGUCCUAUCUGGGGGUCAAACGAGGGACCAGUCCAUUCAGGAGGGGAAAGCCAACCCACAUCCUUCCUUGAUGGAGGUCUUAUGAAUAAUAUUAUCUACCAGUGGAAUAUUCAGGGGCUUCCGGAAUAUGCAGUGGCUAUGGACACGCGUUUCCGCUUCCUUGAGGGUGGACGGGUAGUCGAAUUAACUCAGCCGGUGACCAAGUCGGACGCUGGUACUUACCAGUGCUCAGGAGUGACUGGAUUCGGACAGAAGAAAGUUGAUUUCGAGGUUCAUGUUGCUGAUACAAAUGACAACCUCAUCUGCGUCAAGACCUAUCCCGGAGCCACUGAUCGCAAUCAAGUUUUGUGCCUAAUGAAUCCCAACCUUCGGCCUGACACCGUCAUGACAACGGAGGCGGAGCUGGGCUCAGCAAUUGACCUGAGCUGUGAGGCGAUAGGACGAGAGCCCAUCAAGUACCUCUGGUUCAUGGGGAACGCGGUGGCUGAUUGGAUAUCCAGCAGUCAGGGCGUUCGCGGCCCCAUUUUACACAUCGAACGCGUCGGUCGCGAACAUAUUGGUCAGUACGUGUGCCAAGUGAAAAACCCCAUCGGUACCCUUAACUACACUUACCGUCUCACUGUCAAAGAGCCGCCUUCUGCGAUUCCGCGGAUAAUCGGAGAGGUGGAAAAUCAAACACUGAUAGCCGGCUCUAGCGGAGUACUGACAUGUCGUGUUAAAUGCUCCUGCUCAGAACCGAUUAUUCAGUGGUUAAAGCACGUCGAUCCAGAGGACAUUGAUGCGUACAAAGCUGAGGGGAGGUCACUGGUUCCACUACCAUCUCCACGACCGGCGGAGGCGGAGGAAUUCUACUUGGCGCUGGAGAAGUGGGAGGACGCCCCGGCCUACAUGGAGAGGACGGUGGUGCAGCUUCACCGCACCACAUCGACCACGGCUACUGCUGCUGCCGCUGGCGAGAUUACGGUACCGGAGCGUGAGUUCUUGAGCUCCCGUCACGAGGGCGAGGCGGAGGAGAGGCUCUUCGUCUCGCGCCUCCGCCUCCGAGGGCCUGUCAGCGUUCCGCUCCAUGCCGGCAAGUAUGUAGUCAUGACCAUGAGCAGAUCUAACCUCAAGGCCAUCGACUAUGCCGUUGCAUAUGUACACAUUGUGCCAAAAUCCUUCAAUGUUACUGUGCACAACAUCAUGGUCUACUGCGUGGUUCCAAUAGCCCUGAUUCUCCUGAUCGCUUUUGUCUCUCUCUACUGCUUCCUAAGCCGUCGCAAUAAGGACCUUGAGCACCCUGCCACUCGACGUGGCAAUGUUAUUUUCCCCCCCGUGGUACGAGGUCACUCAUUGUCUGGAGUGAAGAAGGAGUACCGGCCCAUUGUACGACAGACACCCCAGUCCUCAGUGUUCUCCAACGGCAACACCGUCUCAAACGGGAGCAAAACCUCCUCACGUCUACCGUCCUACGUGGCUCACUCCUCGCCCUCCCAGUGGAACGCCGCUACCGCCACUGCCUCUAUCACCAGUCCCUCUCCCCACUCAAACUCCUUUCAUAACUUCCAGUCCCAUGUAUCUCAACCUCCGACGCAGCUAUCUCCCUCGCCGUCCACCUUUUACAACUACUCAGGUCUUCAGUCUCUGAACAAUCAGCCCACUUACUGGCAUCCACCAGCUCCUUCAGUUGCUACGGAGACAUCUUUCGAUCAGUACUCAGCGAUCAUGGGCAACCCACCCUCCACCUCGGGGGGCUUUAGUAUACGUGUGCGCGACUUUCUACUUAAGCACCUCGUGUCCAUCACUGAGGCUGGAACCGAAUAG